AUGGCAGAAGUUGUGGCGAUCAUUUCUGGUCUCUUUACGGCAGGAAACGCUCUAAACACUUUUGCACAACAAGUCCGUAAAUGGAAGCAACUAUCCGAACGACUAUUCGAUAUCAGUGAGGGACUUGACUUUGCACAACUCUCUUUGGACAGAUGGCAAGAUAGAUACGACAUCCAAGUUCAACGCCCGGAUUUGCAUACGCGAGCUUUGUUCGGAAAGGAGGGCCAUGAUCGGAUCAUGGCUACACUGGGGAUGAUAAAGAUUAUAUUCCGGAACAUCGAAAACGGCAUCAAGCGAGCGAGGGGCGUGGCGCUCAAGGCACAACCUACAGGUCGUGCAGGUAUCCACAACACCACAGACGAUGAACGAGUGAAAGAAUGUUUGUGGAUGAUACGGCGUAGCAGCAUAUGGUCGUAUACAUUCUUUAUGAGCGUCAUGGGCAAAGCCGAUGAGUUAGAGGUGGAGCUUAAGCGACUGCAAUAUAAGAUCACCCUGCUCGACCAAUUUUCCGACUACUUCUUCGAAAGAGAACAUCCAGAAAACUUCUCCAGAAUCAAGCGACUUCCAGGACGGCGUUUGUACAUCAAGUUCGGCGAUGGUAGAACGAACAUGAUACCAAAAGAAGUUUUGGAUGUGGUCAGUGCACAGAGGGAUGCUGAGCUCCUACAUCGAUGUAGUAUACCCAGUCGGGGAAACCGAUUGCAUAUCGGACUCUCUGUACCGCGUAUCUACAAAAGAGACUUUGCGCUGUUGUUAAGCAUGAGUGAAGAGAGCCAUGAAGUACUUGUGCAUCCAAAGAAGAUCAAAAGAAGUCCUUAUAUGAUUCCGCAAGAUCUUGCUACUGCGGUAUCAGCGCUUGCAUAUGAACGGCAGGGCAUUAGCUAUCUCUCACCUCUCUCAUCGAAUUCUGCAGGAUUUGAGAUCAGAUAUCCUCCAACGACUCUACUGGCCGAUCUCGAGUAUAAGGACGCUUUGGCGAAUAUCAUACGGAACCAGCACACCUCCCUCAGCUCACGAAAACUCUACUCUCAAGACCAGAACGCGAUAGCGAGUGGCAUCGCACAGGGCUCUGCUCGACUCAUAGGAAGUCAGUGGCUGACUUUCCUCGACUGCGCAAACGUUCGAUGGCGCAGAACCAAAGAUGGCCAAUGGACUUGUAUGUUGACUGCAACUCCUGGGCUAUCGUCGACCACUCGCGCUUUGGAGCAAUGUCGCGAAGCCAACCAUCGGAGAAGAGACGAACGCGAUAUCUCCCAGCAUAUCCAAAUCUUCCGCAUCGGACUUGUCCUAGCCGAAAUUGCGCUCAAAUCUCCUAUCUCUUACAUUGAAUUCGACAGCACAACGUACACAGUCAGAAUGUACGUCAACGACGGCCGGGAAAUAGGGGCACAUGAGAUCGCGUCGGAAGUUGAACUCAAGAGCAACAUGCUGUUAGCAAAUAUGGUGUUCUUUUGUCUCAAUGUAUUGCAAGAUAAUCGGGUCAUGGGGGAGAGAAGUAUCGAUGGGAGUUAUUUCGAGACUGUGUCUAAGCAGGCGGAAGAGCUCGACAAUCGCCUAUACUUCGCAAACUACCCUCAAAGCUCAAUGGAGGGGCUGGUGGACUGUUCAGCAUCGACUGGGGCUACGACACAGAAGCCCAAGUACGACAACUUCUACUCACCACAGAAUGAGGAGUUCUACUCCAAGUUCCAGUAUUGCGACCUGAAUACAAAUGAACGUCGCAUACGUCUCCUUCGAGUUCACCCGUCCCUAGAGAUGGACGACAAGAAGAGCCGGACACAAUGUGAACUUCUUGAUAAUAUAUCAAUGGCAGACAAGAAAGGUCAUUACACUACUCUGUCAUAUUGUGCUGGAGAUCCCAAGAAAACGGAGAUCAUCACUGUCAACGGCAUAGAGUUUAACGCGUUUGCCAACCUAGGUCAUGCGCUUCGACAAGCUCGGCAUUUUUGGAGGGAUAGAUUCGACGGACAAGAGCUCCUCCUUUGGGCAGACCAAGUUUGCAUCAACCAAAGUAAUCCAUCGGAACGAUCACACCAGGUUGGCUUUAUGGCCGAAAUCUACAAGAAUGCCACUCAAGUACUCGUGAGCUUGACUUCAGAGGGUGAUCGCACGGGUGGACUUGGAUGGAUAUCUCAAACCAUUCCUCCGGAAGCAAUACGUCAAGCUGUGGAUACCUUUUCUCAAAGUGUUAUGAGAAAGGAUAACUUUAACUUUCCCUGGCACGACGGCUCCACAGUUGCAUCUAUCGUGGAGUACUACCAAAGGAUGUCCCCUAUUAGGGAUAUCCAUGUCUCCUGGACUACCUUUGUCGAUACCGUUCUGAAUAGCCCUUGGUGGGCCCGAGCAUGGAUCCGUCAAGAGUUUAUAUUAUCGCCUGAUGCCUAUCUCAUGGCCAGCUUCGACUAUACACAUUGGCUGAAUCUUGUGAGUGUCUUAGGGGAAAACCCACCGGAUCUCGCUAGAGACAUUGAAACGAACAAUGCUCGCUGUAGCUACUCAAUGUGUCUUGUUUGUGCAAAUAAAUCACCCCCACGCUCAGACCAACGAUACAAUCGGAGAGUAGUCCGCAGAUUGAUAGCAUUAAAGAUAGAUUGGUCUGAUGGCCUCAGACGGACACUGUUGAGCUGGUUGACGGACCGUUUUGUACUGAGAGCCUCGGACCCCAGAGACCAGAUUUACGCGUUACUUGGUCUGGCCAGUGAGAGUUACGGUGUCCAGCCCGAUUACGUACACAACAAGUGUAUUGAUGAUGUUUACAUUGAUGUGGCAAUAGCAUGCAAUAAGUACUACGGCUACCUCGCUACCCUAAGCGUGUCCACUGCAUAUGGACCUCCAUCAUGGGUUCCGACCUGGUCUUCAGAAUGGCAUCACGUCCAUCUCGAAGCGUAUCAAAGACAGCAUCACAAGUAUCCACUACUCAAGUCAGAUGAGUUUGGCCGUAAAGAUGGAAUACUGCCUGUACGAGGAAUCUUCCAUGGGAUUCUGUAUGAGUCCAACGAGCUUUACGGUGAUGUUAAUAGGGCAUUUCAGACGUCAAAGCUCAAACGGAUCACAGUACCAAACGCAAUAACAGAUGUAAUACCCGGGGACGAAGUUUGGAUGCUUUACGGAUGUUCUUAUCUCAACGUGUUCAGACCGAAAGGAGAAUACUAUAGAUUCAUUGGUCAGACCAACGAUCUGUACUCGGACCCCUUACCGGAACUUCCUACUCUCAUUGAAGAGGUCAUCACAUUGACAGAGGCAAACGAUCAUAUGAUUAGGUGGAUUGAGAUAUGCUAG